AUGAAUUUGUCAUGGAAGCAGCUGGGGUCAGGUGUUGAGCUCGUCGUAUUUGCAGUUAAUGGAACGAGUGGGCGAGAGGGCACGGUCGACAGAAGGAAUGGAAUAGUUGAGGCUCCACUUUUCCGAGACGACCACAGCAGCUCACGACUUGAAAGCGUCCAACGCUCAUUCACAAAACAGCUGUUCCCUCGGUCAAACCCUCUCUCUUACCGCUCCCGUUGUCAAACUCUAGGCUUCAAGCCACUAUGGCUCAGACAGUUUAAGAUGAAUCGAACUCUCUUUCACCGCCUGAUGCACAAAAAUCCCUUCAUAGCAGAGUUUAGAUUAAACGUAAACUCACGUCCUCGCUACCGAUUCCGUAACUCCUGCAACCUUGUGGUGCCCACCAGUUCGUACAAACGCAACUACCAUUUCACUGCCUCCUCCGCGACCUGCCUCUACCGGCGUCUGUUUGCUGUUUGCUUGUCCGAAUUGACUGAGCUGUUUUUACUUGUCAUGCUUUCCCCCCGACUGGAAAAAACUGGUAGCUGA